AUGAUAUUAUCAUUAUUUCUGGGCAAUAGAGCUGUCAAUUUAGGAAUCACUUCAUAAUAUCUAGAUGUAUAUUAUAAUUGUAAUUAAAUUAGUUAUAAAAUAAAUUCUAAGAAGAAGACCCUAUUUUACAUUAAUUUGAUCAUAAUAAAAGACCUAAUUCAUUAUACUUUGGAAAUGAUCUAGACUUAAGUAAAUCAUUAAAUAUGAUCAAUAUGAAUUCAUUAAAAUAAGAAACUUAGGAAGUUCCAAUUAUAAAUGAAUAAGAAAAGGAUGAACCAUAGAUUAUAAAAUUAACUUAAAAAUAUUUACAUGAAAUGAGAAUAGACUAAAAUCAGAUAUACAAUUAUAAAAAGAACUUUGAAAAUGAAAAUGAUCUUUUCGCUAUUAAUUUUGAUACUACUUAAGUGGAACUAUUUUAAGACAAUAUUUAAACUCAAUUAGAAAAAGCAGAUUAGUGUGAUGGUUUUGAAUUAAUAGUAGAUUGUGAAACAUGUUAUGGUGAAAUUGGAUUGAAAGUAGUUGAUUCUUUGAAUGAUCUUUAAGGAAAUAGUAAAAGUCCAAAAUUAGUAAUUUCUAUUGUUGAUCCAUGUAAUAAUAUUAAAAAUAGAAUUAUCAAUAGGUAUUCAAUUUCCAUAUCAAUAAUUUAGAUCAUUAACUUUAACAUAAUAUUAAUAAAAUUCAACAUUAUUGGUUCCUCUAGAACUAAAAGAUAUGUAAAUUCAUUUAAAUCAAAUAGAACUUAAUCAACAGUAUUCCUUCCUUAUCAAUAAUAUCAUCUGUAGCUAUAAAUGCAAAUAAGAGUAUGUGAGUAUGCAUGAAUUCUGUAAUCGAAUUACUUCAGCUCCUUAAAACAAUAUAUUUAAUAUUCUUGCUUCGAUUCCUUCAAUUUAAGAUAAACCAGAUGAUAGCAUACUGAAUUAUAAAUAAAUUAAGAAUUUGGAUAAGUUUUAUAUUUCAUAAGAUAUUAUUAAUUUGAAUUCUGAGAAGGAAUCAUUUGGAGAAUCUUAUUUUUUAAGAGGUAUUUCACCAAUUCCAAAUGAGAGAAAUCUAAAGUCAUAUGGAGUAGAUAUCAGAAUUUUAGAUUAUAUCUAUUAAGUGCCUAUGUUAUAUAAUUAUAUUGAUGUGUUACCAUUUCAUAGUUGUAUCUUUAGUAAUGAAAGCUAUAAGUUUACUCUACUUAAAUUAUACAAUGAAUUAAAUAGUAUUAAGAAAAUGGGUUUUUGGUAAUAUGAAAAAUAAUCCUUAGAAGAUGAAUAGUAAUUGAAAUAUGAUUUAUUUUAAUUGAUUGAGAAUUAUGGUGGUGUUGAUGAAGAGGAAUAAUUAUGA